AUGAAGUUCCUGCCUACUUUCGCGGAGAACAGCGACGCACGGGCGGCGUCCCUUGCGAACAUAGCCCAUGAUACAAUCGGAGAAACAUACAUCGAAGAAGACCCAUCAGUGUUAGAAUGGUUUCGCGAUCUCGUACCGACAUCACAAGGCGUAGCCGACUAUGCCCGUGGACUAUUUCCCAGCGCCCGUUGGAUAAGAAGAUACAACGUUCACUGGCUAGCUGGUGACGCCAUUGCUGGUAUCACCGUCGGGCUUGUUGUCGUUCCCCAGGGCAUGGCAUAUGCAUCGCUGGCUCAAUUGACUCCUGCCUUCGGCUUAUACACAUCCUUCACUGGCGCAUGUCUGUAUUGGAUCUUUGGAACAUCGCGAGAUAUCGUGAUAGGUACUACCGCCGUGGGGUCACUUCUAAUCGGUAGCGCUGUCAGCAACAUCCAAGCGACACAUCCCGGAGUCUACCAGGCGGAAGAAAUUGCACGUGCGCUUAGUUUCCUCGCCGGCGCUAUCAUCUUCGGCUUUGGUAUACUACGCCUAGGGUUCAUUAUCGAGUUCAUCCCAUACAUCCCAAUUUCCGCUUUCGUCACAUCAGCCAGCAUCACCAUCAUAUCAACACAACUGCCGACCGUCUUCGGCAUCACAGGCAUCAACACGCGCGAGCCACCGUACAAAGUAUAUGUCAACUUCCUAAGAGGUUUACCUAGGGCGAAACUCGAUGCAGCUAUCGGCAUCACAUCCAUCGUGCUCUUGUAUGCGAUCAAGACAUUUUGCGCCAAGAUGGAAGUACGACAACCACAGAAGAAGAAGAUGUGGUCUCUAAUCUCCUCGCUGCGCCUCACCUUUACCAUCUUGCUCUAUACCCUUGUCAGCUUCCUAGUACAUCGUACGACUGAGAACGGUCACGAGAAGUUCAGAAUUGUCGGACGCAUUGAGAAAGGUUUCAGCCACGCUGGCGUGCCACCAAUGGAUCUCAAGUUGUUCGGCCUUGUAGCCACCGAGCUUCCUGCCAUCAUCAUCAUUCUCAUUGUAGAGCACAUGGCCAUUGCCAAGAACUUCGGUCGAAAAAACAAUUACACUGUUGUUCCUUCACAAGAGAUGAUUGCGCAAGGCGCUGCCAAUAUACUCAGUCCUUUUGUGGGUGGUUAUGUUUGUACAGGAUCUUUUGGUGCUUCAGCUGUUCUUUCCAAAGCAGCCGUACGUACUCCGCUCUCGGGUGCAUUCAGUGCUGUAGUACUCGUACUAGCGUUGUAUGCUCUUACAAAGGUCUUCUACUUCAUCCCCAAGGCGGCAUUGGCAGGUCUCAUCAUACACUCUACCAUCGAUCUCAUCAAGGGACCAACAGAUUUGUAUAAAUACUACCAGCUAUCCCCGUUUGAGCUUUUCAUCUGGGUAUGUGGUGUCAUCAUCGCCUUCUUCACCAACCUGGAGAAGGCCAUCUACAUCACAGUGGGCCUGUCAUUUGGAAUGCUUCUUUUCCGAAUGGCGAAGAGCUCAGGUAGGUUCGGUGGCGCUGUUGGGGUAACUCGCAUCGUAAGAGAGAAUUACUCUUCGAACGUAUCGGUUUCGUCUUCAACCACAAGACUGCCGACGGGAACCGGAGAUGCUCAGACUAAGAGUUACGAACAAUUACCAGACACACGGCAGGUUUACCUUCCUUACAGCGCAACGGACAACCAUAACCCAAGCAUCGACGUCGAACCCGCAUAUCCUGGCGUCUUCAUCUACCGGUUCAGCGAAAACUUCAAUUACAUCAACCAAGCCUUUCAUGUCGACUACCUGACAUCAUACAUAACGACACAUACACGCCGGACCCAAGCUGACGAUGGUAUCCGUGCAAGCGACCGCCUGUGGUGCGAUGCGCCGCCAACUGCAAAGUCGAUCGAAGAGUCGUCAUCCUUGCCUGUUCUCCGCGCUGUUGUUCUGGACUUCUCGACAGUCAACGUCCUCGACAUAACAAGCAUAGACGGUCUGAAAGGUCUACGCGACACACUAGAUCGACACGCAGCGCCCGGAGUAGUGGAAUGGCACUUUGCAGGCGUACACAACCGAUGGACACGCAAGGCCCUCGCCUUCGCUGGAUUCGGCUUUCCCGCCCUCUCAGAUGCAAACGAAACAGGAAACUGGUGUCCCGCCUACACCGUCACCACAAGCCUCGCCGGCGCAACCGAGGACGAGCGAAAAGACAAGGACGCCGCGCAGCUGCAACUGCAGAAACAAGAUUUGGAGUCUGGCAAGCCACAGACAGAAGUGAAUAUCUCACGAUUCCAGUCCUCGCCACAGUCAAACGAAAAGAGGCGAUUCAAUCCGGUGUUUGGAAUUGAUCGACCGUUCUUUCACCUUGAUCUACACGAUGCUGUGGAUACGGCUGUUCGAGAUGCGAAACAUGCGGAUUGGUGUGAGACAAGAACGGCGUGUUCGUCGGCUAGCUUGUCCUCUGAGGAAACUGGAGAGGCGUAGUAACGUUGUGUUGUUAUUUCAUUACGAGUUUAAAACUAAUGUAUGCAUACCAGGCGUUUGGGCACAUUAGGCAUUCGCGGAUGGCGUCGCAUUAGGCAUCAGUGUUGUUGUGCUGAUACCUAAAAACUUUGUAUUAUAGAAUGCAUUCCUUUACCCCA